AAGGAAUCGGGAAGGUUCUGCUCUGUUUUCUUCUCCUCCACAAACCCUAACCCUAAUCCUCUACUUCUCUUCUAUCCUCUUCGUCUUGGAGGGAAACCAUGUCUCACUUUGGGAGAUCAGGUCCCCCGGAUAUCACAGAUACCUACUCUCUACUCGUUCUUAACAUCACCUUCCGUACGACUCCUGAUGAUCUCUUUCCGCUAUUCGAUAAAUAUGGCAAGGUCGUCGACAUCUUCAUUCCCAGAGAUCGAAGAACUGGUGAUUCUCGAGGCUUUGCAUUUGUUCGCUACAAGUACCAAGAUGAGGCACAGAAGGCUGUUGAAAGGCUUGAUGGAAGAGUUGUUGAUGGUCGGGAGAUAACAGUUCAAUUUGCUAAGUAUGGUCCAAAUGCAGAGAGGAUCCAUAAGGGAAGGAUUGUUGAAUCAUUUCCCAGAUCAAAAUACAGGUCAAGAAGUCGCAGCCCUCGAAGAAGGACUCGAGAUGAAAACAGAGACAGGGAUUAUAGAAGGCGAAGCCGCAGUAGAAGUUUGGAUAGGCAUGAGCGUGACAGAUAUCGUGGGAAAGACAGGGAUUAUCGUCGACGGAGCAGGAGCCGUAGUGCCAGUCCUAAUUAUUCCAAAGGACGGGGUAGAGGUCGUUAUGAUGAUGAACGGAGGAGUACUAGUAGAUCUUUAAGUCGUUCCCCUGCUCGAGGUAGUCCCAGCCCUAGGAGAAGUUCUUCUCCACGCAGGUCUCCACCUGCUAAGGGUGAGAGCCCUGAUAGGCAUAGCAAUGAUAGAAGAUCUCCAUCUCCUCGAGGAGUUUCUCCCCAGGACCGUCAUGUUGAUUCGCGAAGUCCAUCAGUGCGAAAUUCAGAUGUUGAUGAAUAAUUUUUGCGGGCUGCGUGGAAAUGUGGAGACUAUGAGUGGUUAUUCCAUAGGACUAUGUUGCUAAUGUUGAGGAUAUUUUAUCCUCCUGCAAUUUCUGAUCCGAACUUUU